AUGGCAAUGUCGAAGCAGCAGCUUGCUGGUAAACUAGCGAAGAAAACUUUAUCAUUAGAUGAUAAGAUCAAGUUUUUGGAUUUCGCCAAAAAAAAUCCAGAACUUGGAUGUAGAAAACUAGCAGACAUUUACAAGAUUGGAAAGACAGCCGCAGCAAAUAUUUUAAGAGACGAAAAGAAAAUUCGUGAACAACAUGAAAUUUUUCGUGAGAAAACAAAAAAACGUAACCGCCAUGGCAAGUAUCACAAGAUAAAUGAGAUCUUAUUCGAAUGGUACAAAAGAUGUUGCGCUUCUAACAUCUACCCUAAUGGUGUAAUGCUUAAAGAGGAGGCGUUGGAAAUUAAGGAAAAACUUCAGAACAGCGAUUUUGAUAAUUUCUCCGCCUCUGACGGUUGGUUGGAUCGUUGGAAAACAACAUAUUCCGUCAAAGAACGUCGUAUUGUUGGUGAAGCUGGUGACGUUUCUACAGAAACGGUUACUUCCUGGAUGGAGAGGAUCAAAGAAUUGGUUGAAGGUUAUUCACUAGAAAAUAUUUGGAACAUGGACGAGUGUGGCUGUUUUUUUAAAGCUCUACCGGCCAAAGGGUUAGUGGAAAAAGGAAAACAAGCAAAAGCUGGGGAAAAGAUCGACCAGCCUGUUGUUAUCUGGAAGAGUAAAGUCCCGCGUUGUUUUAAAAAAUUGAAAGAUCCAUCGCGUCCAGCUAACGUUCACUACUUUUCAAAUCCUAAAUCUUGGAUGACAUCUCAAGUAAUGGAAACUGUACUGGCACGUUUUAACAGAAAACUUUUAUUUGAGGACAGAAAAGUUAUUCUUUUUCUGGACAACGCCACCUGUCAUCCGGAGUCAAUGAUAGGCCAGUUUUCACAAAUCAAAAUCAUUUUCUUACCGAAGAACACAACUUCAAGGCUUCAACCACUCGAUGCGGGGAUCAUCCAAAACUUCAAGGUGAAGUACAGAAAAAGACUGGUCAAAUACGUGCUUGCAAGGAUCCAGAAGAAUAAAUCUGCAACUGAAAUUAUCAAGAGCGUAGACAUACUUAUGGCUAUUCAAUGGGUUCAAGAUGCGUGGAAAGAAGUAACCAACUUGACCAUCAAAAAUUGUUUCGAGAAAUGUGGCGUAGUUCAAGGAGAAAGUGAAUUGAUGGAAGAUCAAGAAGAUGACUUGGAAUUUGAAGCUCUGGUGAAGGAAUUAACUGAAGAUAUGUCUGCUGCAGAAUACAUCGAUUUUGACGCCGAUGUUCCAGCUUCGGAGCCAAGAAUUAACGAAUUAGAAAUAAAUUGGCGACAUCAAAUCCGAGAAGCUAGCAUUAACGCAAUUGAAAAUCCAGAGAUGGCAUGUCAGGUCGAAGAGAUUUCCGAGGAUGAUGAUGAGAGUGAAGACGUGGUUGAAGAAGAAAUGCUUGGUUUCACCGAGCUAAUCACUAUGCUUGAUACAAUUAAGCGAUCUACUAUUUUUGAUGAUACAUGCCAAGAAAUGUUGUCAACCAUUAGGAAAAAGAUUGAGGAACUUCAGCUUCAAAAUAGAAAACAAUCCUCAAUCAAAGAUUAUUUCAAAUAG